AUGUACUGGGACUGGUUGUAUAAUCAGAGAGCUGAAAAGACUCUCAAAAAAGAGUGUAAGUUCAGUAAGAAAUGGACUGCCUGGUUGGUGAUAGAACACCAGUACAAGAAGGAGAUAAUUGAAAAGACUGGAGGAAGGCCAGGAGGAAAGGAAAUGAUUAAAAACUACCAGGGAGCGGUCAACACAAUUAUGGGAGGUUUAUCUGAAGAGCAGCUGGAGGAAGCGAAGAAGACUGCAAUAGAGUGGUCUAGCAAGGCUCCUCCUAUGGAUGUCCAGGCUGAGUUUGCUCAGAAGAAAGCUCCGGGUAUGAUGAAAGAUCUUGCAACUCAGUUAUGGAGGCAGGCUGGUAUGAGGAUAUUCAUAUUGUCAGCAUGGAAAACAGAGGAAGGGGAAGUGAGGAUCAAUGGAAUGGACUUCAAUGAACAGUUGGAAGGUAAUAGUUUUACCAAUACAAAGGACUGGAAGCCCAUGUUAUCAGAGUGGAAUGCCUAUGUUGGAGAAGAGUUCAGUUGUUACGACUUGGAUGGUAUCUGUUGGCGACGCUCAAACAGAGCGUGUGUCGUCAACGGUCGAGGACGUCCUUGGGCUAGCCCAAGGUUAGGGGUCUUACUUGGCAAGGCUUCGGCAAGUAAGAUUUGA